AUGGCAAGUAGAAAGAGCGGUGUCAAUUACAGAGAACGGAAGAGGGAGAACCUCAUGGAAAUUACACCAACAGAUUUGGAAAAUCCGUGGAAUUUUUAUUCCUUAAUGACUUUACCUGAUGACUUAGUUUAUGAAUGGUUGAGAAGGAAGGGUCUAUUAGUGACUUCAGUACCCUGCACAACUGCCAACUGCGGAGGGACGAUGCAUUUACGAGCAUCUGCUAAUAACCCAGGAGGUUCCCUUUUCAGGUGCAACGUACAGAGGCUACAUACUAGAAAUUGCAAGGCAAACUCCCUUUUUGAGAAAACUAGAUUGGCUAUUCAAGACUUAAUUUUAUUUCUUAAAUCUUAUUUGGAUGGUUGUUCUCUCGCCCAAUGCGCGCGAUUCUCAGGGGUUACCUACAACACCGCUGCAGUCCGCUGGGAUUCGUAUAUAAGGGAGUUGUUUAAGGAACAUUUUCAAAACCACAUAAAAACAAAGAAGCCGUCUGGUGUCAUAGAGAUUGACGAGUCCUUAUUUGGUAGACGAGUCAAGCACAACAAGGGUAAUCCUAACACUGGACUAAAGAUAUGGGUGUUUGGAAUGGUUGAGAGGGAAACGAAUACAAUUAUAUUGUAUCCAGUAGCAGACAGGACAGAGGAGACAUUGCUUCCCAUCAUUCAGCGCCACUGUAUGCCAGGCAGCACCAUCUACAGUGACGGCUGGUCGGCAUAUUGCCCCCUGAAUGACAUGAAUUUUGAGCACUUUACAGUCAUUCACUAGUAUUCUUUCAAAAAUUAUGUCAAUGAAGUUACAGGUGAAGAAGUCGAUAUAUACACCAAUCGUAUCGAAGAUGCAUGGAAACAUGCAAAGGAUCAUUUUAAGAAGAUGUCGGGAACAAAACUUUCACCGUUUGAGGGUCACAUGGCAGAGGUUAUGUGGAGGGCACACGUGAAAUCCAACCCGUAUGAUGCUUUCUUCAACCUUAUCAAGUAA